GGGGAUAUCUAACUAUGGUAACCGGAAACACUGGACAUGAAAAAUAUGAGGCACUAAACGAUAGGGAUAUGAGAUAUACAUCAACGGACAAGAGAUAUAUGGAAAAUAACAACUAUCAAGAAAGUGAGGCACAAAACAACAAGAACGGAAGAUACCAAACAAUGGAAGUGGGUGAUACUAAUCAACAAGCAUCUAUGUCAAGCAAUAGGAAUAAUAGGAAUGGGGAGUAUCAAACAGCUAGGACAAGAGAUUUCAAACAAUAG